AUGGAUGAUCUCAAUGGUCUAGAUUGGUCUUCUACCUCGAACACGAAACAAAACAAAGUAUCACCUGGCACAGGCAAUUAUUAUCCCACGUUACGUCCAACUCCAUCGCCUGCGAACUCUGGACGGAAUACCCCUCUAUCUGCUCAAGCUUCAGGAGCUUCAAAAUCAUUUGCGCAGCCCAAAACGAAAGCUCCAGACAGUUUCUCGAACCUUGUAUCUUUUGGAUCUUCGAAAACGAACACGUUGACAUUGCAACAACAGCAAGCAAAGCUACAAGAACAAAAGAGGAAGAAGGAAGAGGAACAACGCAGGCAAUAUGAUGCGCAAUUUGGAAAUACACAAUUUUGGGAUGGAUUGGGCAAUUCAGGAAAGAAUUUGGCCGGUUUAUCGCCAGUGCCUUCACCAAUCCCUGCCAUGACAAGCCAUCCUUCCACAUCACCAUUUGCGCCGUCUAUGUCCCCUCCGCCAAUUGGAACUGGUACGGAUGCUUCUGGGGACGAUGAUCUUUUUGCGGCCUUCAAUAAAGAUACUAAAGUAGAUAACUCAAGUCACUAUCCACCACCCUCUGUCACCUCAAGUCGUACGCAUACUCCAGGAUUUGGCACAACCAAAAUACCCGAUUUAAGUAACCCUCAGGCCUGGGAUCAACCUACAAGCAGUUCGGGGGAUUUUGGUGACGACGAUGAUCCAUUUGGAUUGGGCCAAUUGAAACAAUCAACCUCUGUGCCAGUACCGAUUUCAAAUACAGCAGACGAUGACGAUUUCUUGGGGGAUUUGGGAAAGCCGGUGGAAGAAGUGAGGAGGUCUACACCUGUGGUGCCGGAAUUACGCGAAGAAUCAAGCUCUGACGAUGAAGAACCUAAUGACCCUUGGGAUAAAGCUGUUGCUGAACUUGUGGAUAUGGGAUUCACGGCAGAACAGUCGAGGCGUGCUUUAACUGAAAGUGGCACUGGUCUAGAUAUUCAAGCAGCUGUUGGGUGGAUACUGAAUGAUGCGCAUGCGCAAGCCAAAGCAAAGACGCAGCCUAAAGAACCUAGUCACCGGAAUGGUUCCACUUCACACGGGGAAAGGAGGAAUGUAUCAAGCGAUGGGCGGAAGGCCAAUCCCGCAUGGAUGCGAGAAGAAGGAAGGUCUCAAUCACAGCAACCUCGAAGGGAAGACAAUCAUUCACCGAACAAUGAAAUCGACUUUUCCAAAACUGCUGCUGCUGUUGGAAGCAAUAUUUUCAAGACUGCGAAUUCUUUUUGGAAGACAUCUCAAAAGAAAAUUGAGAAAGCGGUUGCCGAGUUUCAAGCAGACGCCGAUCCCAGCCAACCGAAAUGGAUGCGAGAAGCAGCAGAAAGAGAGGCUGUGUCUGAGCAACGUGCAAGACGGGUGAAAGCUGAAGCUGAAGCUGCUAAAGGCGCUCCUGACGUCACAGACGAAGCUCUUGCAUUAGAAAGUGGAUCUAGGCCUCAGCCAAGGAAACCGAAAGCAGCCACGUCUGAUUCGGGCACUUCACGUGACAGUUCUCCAGCUACUGCAAGAUUCCCUCCCGAACGGCCUACAUCUAAUCCACGCUGGCAGCAAACACGACCCCAGAGUCGACCUACUCCACCCCCAGCGGCUCCUAGGGCACGAGUGAACAGGCAAGCAAUAGAAGAAGAAAGUGCUCAAGCAUACGUAAGCUCUGCUCGACGGAAAAAACCCACUCCUCAACCCACACGAGAACCUGAACCAGAUCUUCUAUUCGGGUCAUCACAGCCAAGACCGUCUUCUACACCAGCAGCUUCUAGGCCAGCACCGAAAGCGACAGCCUCAUCAAAACCUUCUACACCAAUUCCGUCUAGGCCAAAGGCACCUCCACGUACAAUCCCUGCUGUUUCUCCCAUCGCUCUGAAAUCUUCGACACAACAUCGCCUGGAAGGCAAAGCACAUUUUGACCGUGGUGAUUACUCGGCAGCCCAUACAUCUUACACUUCAUCUCUUUCACCCUUACCUCAAAAUCAUCCAAUAAUUAUCCUCUUACUUGCUGAACGAUCUAUUAGCUCGGUCAAGACCGGUCAUCCACGUGAGGCCAUAUCUGAUUCUGAUCGUGCCAUCGAGAUCAUUGGGCCUUUUCGUGGUCAAGAUGAAAUAAUCGACUUGAGUACCGGUGCUGCAGAUGACCGUAAAUCUAUGAAAGAAUACUGGGGCAAGGCUUUGACAAGUAAAGCCGAAGCAUUAGAAGCACUUGAGAAAUGGAAAGAGGCCAGUGAUGUCUGGAAACUUUGUAUUGAAGGUGGUGUUGGUGGAGCUACAGCUAUCCAAGGUCGUCAACGCUGUGAUAAAGCUCUCGCUCCUCGCCCAGCAUCUCGUCCUGUUCAGAAAUCUAGGCCGAAACCCUCGAGUGCAGCAUCCUUAGCUUCAACUCCCGACUCGGAUGCAGUUCUGCGUUUACGUGCUGCGAAUCAAGCUGCUGAAAAGGCAGAUGAUGAGAAAUUGGCUCUGGUGGAUAAGGUGGAAGAGAGAGUUAACAAGUGGAGAGAAGGAAAACGAGAUAAUUUGAGAGCGCUAAUCGGGAGUAUGGAAAACGUUCUUUGGGAAGGGAGUGGUUGGAAAAAGGUCGGCUUGCAUGAACUGGUUGUUAAUUCGAAAGUUAAGAUCAAUUACAUGAAAGCGAUUGGGAAGUGUCAUCCUGAUAAGUUACCACAAGAUGCAUCCCAAGAAGUAAGGAUGAUUGCCGCCAUGGUCUUUUCAACACUGAACGAGAGUUGGGAUAGUUUCAAAGCGCAAAAUGGCAUGUAA